UCAAACGCAUUCAUAUCAUUUGAUAUCAUUAGUAUCAGGCGGAACCACUUGGAAACGCGGGCUCGGAGCGAAAAUUACCUUAUUAACAGCGGCUUAUCAGCGAAUAUCGUUUCCGGGAACGCGUAAUCAAAUUCUAUCGAAAAACUGUGUUUCCACGACGGUGGAACACUGGCGAUAAAGUGAAUAGCAUCGUCAUGCUUUUGUUUAUUGUGCGGAACAAGUGAUAGUCGGGACGGCUCAACAGUACUUGUGAUGAUUUAGUAACAUCAGCAAGAAAUACCCAAGUGAUUAGCAGCGAUGGCAGCCGCAUUCAUAGGCAACGAUGAUCUGUGGCGAGAAUGCGCCAGUUGGUUAACCAGAUUCAACAUGCUCCGGCCAGACCACAGGGCGAACCUGGAGACAGCCACCCUUUCAGAUCUAGCCACCACGCUGCGAGAUGGUGUGUUGCUGUGCAACUUGCUCAACAAGAUUGAUCCGGGGUGCAUUGAUGUCAAGGAUAUCAAUCAAAAGCCACAACUUGCACAGUUUUUAUGCUCAAGGAAUACUGAAUUGUUCUUGAAAACAUGCAGAGUUAAUUUUGGUCUGAAGGAAAGUGAACUGUUUGAGCAUCAAAUGUUAUUUCACUUUAUGAACUUUCAUCAAGUCCUGAUCACACUCUCUGCAUUAUCAAGAUGCCCAAAAGCACAACAGCAUAAUAUCGAAGGAUUCACUGCUCAAUUGGAGCGCAGUGACGAGGAUGAUGAAGUGUAUCAAAGUUUGAAGUCUGUUGUAACGAAUGGCAAUGUGAACGAGCCAAGCUGGCUCCAAUUCACGAUUCCCUGCCCGCAUCCGAGCGAUCACGAAGAGGAGGUCUACGAUGAUCUCUGCUACGUGACGUUCUCAACGAAUCAAAACGAGAGCGACAAGCUUGCUUUGGAGAAACGCGAUUACGUGAUUAAAGAAUUAAUCUACACGGAAAGUAACUACGUGGACGUGCUAAGAAAGAUCAAACAUUGUUAUAUAGAAAAGUUGACAUAUAUUUUGGAGCCCAGGGAUCAUGCCAAAAUAUUUUAUAGGAUUCUUGACAUUUAUACGGUGAAUAAAGAUUUAAAAUGUGAGCUAGAUCGACUGGGUCGUAGUAAAUCGCUGAAGUUGAGCCACAUAAUAAUGAAUUUCAAAGAACGGUUUUUGAUCUACGGUGAUUUCUGUUCGAAUCUGGCGGAUGCCACAACUUGCCUGCAGGAUCUAUGCGAUCGCAACGAAACGAUUUGUCAGGCUAUUGAGAAAGCCGACCAGGAAGCCAAUCAAGGCAAGUUCAAACUGCGCGAUUUAUUACAAGUACCAAUGCAGAGAAUUCUCAAAUAUCACCUGCUAUUGGAGAAUCUCGUCAAGGAAACCGAUCCAAAUCACGAAGAAUAUACUGAAUUAAAGAGGGCACGUGAAACAAUGGUGGACGUUUCACGCUACAUUAAUGAAAUGGCGCGCGACAAGGAACAAAUGAAUGUACUGCAGGAGAUCUCGCGUAAUAUGGUCUGGGACCAGGGUACACAGUUCCCGAUUGAGCGGUGCGGGCGGUUAAGACGCGAUGGUGAAGUCCGCGUGAAAUUGCACGGCGAACCUAAGCAGCCCAAGCAGCGCUACGUUUUUAUCUUUGACAAGUAUAUGAUUCUCACAAAGCAGCGAGGCCAGCAGUAUCUCUAUCGCACGAUGCUUGAUCUCUCCGAGUUCACCGUCGACGAGGCGAAUAAUCGCGCAUUGCUACAGCAGGGUGUGCGUUGGUCCUUCCAAUGGCACAUGGUGAAGAAUGACAAACAACUGGUGUACUCGAUGAGUGUCAAAUCAGGAGACAUCAAGAACAUGUUAAUCAGAGCUAUUAAAGACGCAAUUGAAAAUAUCCACCCUAUUGCAUUAUCAAUGACAAAUCAUCAGUUUGAGAUGCACACUUACAAAAUGCCCAUGACUUGCUACAAAUGUUCGAAAUAUCUGAAAGGACAAAUCUACCAGGGAUACAAAUGCCGCGUAUGUAGUAUCUCUGUGCAUAAAGAGUGUAUUGGUUCGUCGGGGCGCUGCGGUGCACCGGUGAGGUCGUUAGCGCCAGCACCCUCGCAGGAAGCGCUGACAUUGCAAAGCAAACUGUGGUUCGCGGGCGAGAAAGAUCGCGCACAAGCGGUUAGUUUAUUGGAGAAUCGUAAACCCGGCACGUAUUUGGUACGCAUACGUUUGCAAAAGGAUUCGGAUGUUUAUGCACUUAGUCUCAAAACUGAGAAUGGCGUUAAACAUAUGAGGAUAUGCAGCAGCACUACUGAGAACAAGUAUUAUCUGUCUGUGUCGAGAUUCUUUAAUAGUUUGGAGGACAUGGUGCGAAAUUAUCAAUUAGUUAGUUUAAAAGAAAACUUUGAAAGAUUGGAAGCCGAUGCGAAAUUAGAGUAUCCGUAUCGGCAAAUUAAGGCCGAAGCGGCGCAGACAUACGCGUCGCCAACGAUUUCUUUCGAACGAGGAGAAAUGGUCGUAAUUAUCGAUAAAGACGAAGAAGGUGGAGGAAGAUGGUACAAAGGCAUUUCACGAAAUGGAAUUGGACAAUUUCCAAGUUGUUGUGUCGUGGAGCAAGAGGAGAUAACAUAUGAUGCCUUUUAAUUGAAGACAAGAAUAAAAGGAAGAUACUAUUAGCUAGUCACAUUUUGCAAUCUUCACUACAAACGCUUUCUUCGUUAAAUCCAACAACCACCAGCCUGGGAAACGAAAUAUAUAUAUAUAUGGGAAGCAAACGACGAAACAUUUUUGCUGUUGUUCUGUCUCGGUGUUACAGUUUCAACUUAAAACAAAUCUUUUACAAGCGCUCAGAUUUUAUAUUUUAAUAUAUAUAGCUAAGCGAUUUAUUGGAAAAUAAUAUUUGAUGUAAAUUUAGGGAAAUUUUUUAUAACGCAGCAAGCGCUUGGACGUCUUAUCAGUGUAAAACCGACACUGUUCUCAAUUAUUCAAGUGAAACACACGAUUAGCGGAGACGAUUGGCCUAAAAUCAAUUUAUUGAAUCGAAUGCUGCAAUUAAUUAUAAAAGUCGGGUGCCAUUUUUCUAUUCAUCUUAGGUGUAGUAUGUUCACCAUACUAUCAAACUGAGUACAUAAGCAAAAUAUUUAUUAUGACGCGUUACGAUUAUAGAAAAAGUUUUAACUAUGUUAGCUAUGCGUUACAGUUGAAUGCAAAAUUUUAUCAAUUGGCUCAAUCUGUACUUAUUUGUAACAUUAAGUACAAAGAAUUAUUGUUACACCAGUUAUUUAAUGCAUGUGUCAAAAGUACUUUUACAAAUUUACCAUUUAUAUUUACUCGUACUGUGUGUAAAUGUAGAGUACAUUCCACGAUCAUUCCCACAAACAGCUCACGAAAUGAUGACGUAAAAUUUGUCCAAAAUCACAGUGCCAAAAUCGCGCUGGCAACGAAAUUACGUGCGCAAGGUGGCUACUUUGCGUACCGUCCACUUGUUAUUUUCAAUAAUAAAAUUUACACAUUUUUGUGACUGCUUUAAUUGAAGUUUACGAUUGCGGCAAAGAGGUGGAAAAGAGACAGCCGAGAUUGUGAUUUCGAUACUUUGGCGAAAAGACGUUAUACUGUACUUGUUUGAUGGCACAACAUGUUUCAAGUGUGUGUUGUUGUGAAUAUGUGGAAUUAAAAACAAAACAAAUUGACUGUUUGUAGACAUUGUUAUCAAGAAAUACAAAAGCAUUUAAAUAAACAAAUAUAAGUAAACUAA